GGAGUCGCCGUCAUGACCGCAUCAAGACUCGCCGGGUUGCUCGGGCGCUCCCCGGCUACUGCGUGGAGGGCGGCGGCAACUUAUCCUAUGUUUUGAGAUUGCACCGUAUUGAUGUGUGAGCUUGUAGUUACACAUUCAGCUAUGCUGUCACUCUGCCUUUCAAGAUUACCCUUCCUGUGCCAUUCUUUGAGAAAAACAAGUUCUUCUCAAGGAGGAAAGUCUAAACCUGUCACACAGGCCCUUAAGAAGCCAAGGUUACCACAAGGUCGUUUUGAUGCACCAGAGGACUCCCAUUUAGAGAAGGAACCACUGAAAAAAUUUCCAGAUGAUGUAAAUCCAGUUACCAAGGAAAAAGGUGGACCGAGAGGCCCUGAACCUACUCGAUAUGGAGAUUGGGAGCGAAAAGGACGCUGUAUUGAUUUUUAAGUCACAUAUUCUUUAACCUCAUAUAAUUUUCUGAAUAUGUACAUCUGAACUAUUUCUGAGUUUUCUUUUCUGUCCUUUAAUUAAUAAUUUUAAUAAUAUGUUUAAAAAAUAUGUUUGAUGGCUUUAGAAGAAAACUUGCUGCAAAAAUUAGAAAAGGGAAAAUAGUUUUAUGUUAUCACAAAAUAACGUCACAAAAUAACUAAUGUAAAUGUAUUGGGGUUUACAAAUGAUGAGAGCUGUAAACUUCAUUGUAUCAUUUUCAGUUUAAUCAGUUGCUUAUAAAAUGCUCAUGUAAAUAAAAUAAUUUUUCAGUUA